GACAGUCCCUUGAUGCUGUUACUUUGUAUCCAGCCUGGUACGGCAGCUGAUACAUUGUAUCUGAGCAUCUGCCCGUUUUUCCACACUUACUCCUUACCUCUCCUCCUAGCUUGCUUCUAUUAACUCCCUACUUCUCUUGUGACCUUUUUACCUCUGACAUUUUCUUGCUCGGUGGCUGAUAUCACCUGCAGUGUCUUCUGAUCAAAUAAACAUCUCCCUGCAACUGUUGGCAGACAAUCAACUUCCAGCCUCAGGGGAGAAAAUGUCCCUGAAAGCCUCAACCAGCAACAUUACCAACAAAAACGAUCCCAAGUCCUUGAAUUCACGAGUCUUUAUCGGCAACCUGAACACAGCAGUGGUGAAGAAGAGUGAUGUGGAAUCCAUCUUCUCAAAAUACGGCCGGGUGGUGGGAUGCUCAGUGCACAAAGGAUAUGCUUUUGUACAGUAUCUGAAUGAGAGGCACGCAAGGGGAGCUGUUCUUGGGGAAAGCGGACGAAUAUUGGCUGGACAGACAUUGGAUAUCAACAUGGCUGGAGAACCAAGGCCCAGACCCAAAAAUUUGAAGAGAGCCACAGCUGCACUAUACAGCGGCUAUGAUUUUGACAUUGAUUACUACAGAAAUGACUUCUAUGAGAGGCUGUUUGAGUAUCGCGGAAGAGUGUCACCAGCUCCUCGAGCAGUUCCAGUAAAACGCCCACGUGUGACGGUCCCUCUGGUACGACGGGUAAAAUCAGCUCUACCAGUCAAGCUCCUCGCAAGAUCAGCAGCCAUCACAGGGAAUGCAGCCAAGUUAAGAUUAAGAAGCAACGAGAUUCAAACUAUUAAAUCAGAGCUUACACAAAUCAAGACAAACAUUGAUGCCCUGCUGGGAAGGUUGGAGCAGAUAACAGAUGAACAGAAGUCCUGCGCAGAUAUCUUCUUUCUUCCUCCAGCCAUAACAUCAAGAAAGAAGUCUGACUGCAGCCGUAGUGAAUUCUCCCAGGACGACAGCACAUCCGAAGCCGGAGACACAGUCACAGAUGAACCCAUGAAUGGCGAUGACGGAGAUGAUCUUGUACAGGAUGACUGCACGGAUGAUCUAGUAUGAAAUGUUCAUCACAGAGUUUGUGAUCUCUAGAGGGAUCUACCCCAUGGAUCUGUAAAAGGACUAUAAACUUAAAGGUUGCAAUUUGCCUCCACGGGACACCAGAGCAUCGAUUUUGCAGGUUUAAAAAUCACAAAUCAUUAUUUAUCAUUUUAUAACAUAAGAAACAGUGGCGGGCCUGGUGAAGGAAGAAUACUAUGGUACACCACACUGGCUGAAAACACCACGGGGGAACUUUGUCUGGUGGAACCAUAGAAGCUGCAUAGUAUCCAAGAUGGAGUCAUCUGAUGUUCCUCAUGCAAUGGAAUGGCUGAGCAAAGAACUGAACACAUUCUGGAUUAAAUUGGGAUUUCCCAUUUAGGUCUCUGAGAUGGAUAAACAGGGUUUUAAUCUUUUGUGAAGUAUGUGUUACCUUGUCUCAAACAUGUGGAAGCAAGCAAUGGUUCAUAAGAAGACAGCCUAAGCAAUUUUGCCACAAAAAAAAAUGUUAUGGCACAUCUGCAGGCAACAAAUAAUGCCGAUCAGGAAACCGAAAUGUUAUCCAUAAAAAAAAAUCCAUAAUGGCUAAAGUGGACUUGUUAUCACCAUUUACAUGAAUCAAUAAGGCAUAUAUUUUUAGUUUUAAA